CCCAACCGACAUCGAACGGUCGCCAUCGACAAAAUGCUUUCACUAGAAUUUCAGCUAGCGCUUGACGCAAGUAUUGAUAAUAUCAGAACGAAGAUAGCAGAACUAGAUAUAUAUUAUGAUAAUGUUGUUCGGUAUUCAACGACGCCCGAGGCCUUGCAGUUGGUGCUAUUCGGGCUUGCAGCCACCGUCUUCAUUGACAUCCAGAAGCGAACGACCGUACUCAAGGCCGGUUACGACGUUUUACUCUAUGCUAAGAUAGUAUGUUUGUAAUCUAUAUUUGGGUUUUCAGUGUAUUAAAUUGAAACAGGCUAUCGUAGUGUUCUUGGCGUUCAACCUCAAUCGCAACCCGGCAGCGCUCGACCCGACCCUCGAUAGUUGGGCUGUUCUGAAGCAACUAGUUGUCGCUGAUUUCGAGCAGUUCUACCUUCUUUGGGUAGUAUAUGCCACCCACACAUACUAUCUCCGCCCUUCAACUGCCUUGAGUUUCUACCUAGCUUGUUCACUUGCGCAUCAAACUGUCACCAGUGACGGUCUAGCCUUCACCUUCAAUAACGUUGGAUGUAUAUGUGCCCAUCUUUGCCUUUUUGUGUUGCAUGAAACACCCAAAUGGUAUAUGGUGACAGAAGAAGUUAGGAACCAUGCUGGAAGAGGGUCGGCAUACGGGUUUUUCGGUCGAAUCCUGGCACUGUGGCUCCUUCCCACGGUCAGAAACGGUUACCAGACGGAUCUCAACGCCUCUGAUUUUGACGGAUUAGCACCAGAGCUUCUCACCAAUCAAAUUAUGCCGCGCUUUGAGCAUAUUUGGUCCAAGUAUCGUCAAUCACCAAACGGGCUGGCCAAAACCUUUCUAGUCCUUAACUGGCAUUCGGUCUUGAGACAAACGAUAUCACGAGCCCUGCUUACCUUCGUCAAGCUAUGCGCCCCAUACUUGAUUGAUAAAAUUAUUAAACACCAACAAGAGCGUCUCAGCCAAUCUGGGCUUACUCAAGACAAUUCGCAAGCUCUCUAUCUGCUGUUAUCAAUCAUUGCACUGUUCUUAUGCAUGACGCUUUUGAGAGGAUGCAUGGCGCACUACGAAGCCCAUACUACUACAAUCUUGCAAGGAGCUCUUACAAGUAGUAUCUUUAAGAAACUUAUAUUUACGCCAGAAGAAGACGAGAUGGAAAGAUCCAACAUUUCUAUCUACACCGCAGAUGUUCCAGAGGCGAUGAAGCUUAUACGGCGCUUUCUGAGUCUCGUGUUUCUCGGUGUUGAAGUUUUCAUAACACUCGCUCUUCUUUGGCCUCAUUUUGGCGUGGUGACUUUGGCUGCUAUAGCCAUUUCAACAGCUCGGAUUUGUUUGACAAAGAUUCUGUCCAAGUAUGUUCCCGAUGGCAACAAUUUGGAUACUGCGAGACAAGACAGAGAAGAAUUGGUGAAUAAGCUCUUUGGCAUGAUGAAAGAAAUCAAAAUGACAGAGCGCGAGCCAAUUUUUCACAAGAUUGUCAGUGAGCGACGUGAGGCUGAACUUGCUGCAUACGAGCAAAUGUACAGACUACGUGCCUACAAACAACCUAUUACCGCGACUUGCUCUUGUCUCAUGGCAAUGCUUUGUCUGCUCCUUCAACCGGUGUCUGCGGUAAAUUACACAAUGUCCCUCGCAAAAUGUGCCAGUCUGCUAUACAUCAAUGGAGAAUCGACAAUUAUUCUUCUCCAUGUCUUCGGCACAUGGAAACAUACCCUUGAUUGUAUUAACAGAAUAUCAACCUUUCUUAACAAAGGUGCUGGCGACGCAGCUAAUGAGGAAGUUCCUGCGAGGAGAGCUCCGAUCACUGCUAUAGAGCUGGAAGAUGCCUUUAUUGCACCAAAGCGAGAGAGCCCAGCAGUUCUUCGAAGCUUGACAUUGUCUCUAAACGACGGCACCAUUGCGGUAAUAACUGGUGGAAUUGGUUCUGGCAAGACAGCAUUUGCAAAGAGUCUAGUGAAGCGUAGCCACGUGUCUAGUGGAUAUCUUGGUGUUCGACAUCAACCCACUGCUUUCUGUGGGCAGGAGAGUUGGUUACGCCAAGAAUCUAUCAAGAACAACAUCACUGGACCCGCUGCAUUUAAUGCGGUAUUGUACGAAGAGGUAAAGGUCAUCUGUGAUUUGCGACAGGACAUUGAAAGUUGCCCUGGUGGCGAUGAUUUUGUCAUUGGACAAGGUGACUUUGAGCUAAAUGAAGCACAAUGUCAAAAGAUUGCCCUUGCUCGCGCUGUUUACCAGCAACCUUCCUUGAUCAUUCUUGAUGAUGCAUUUGCUGCUCUUGAUAGGUUUGCAACCGAAUCAAUCCUCAACCAUCUUUUUGGCCAUAAUGGAAAGAUGUCGCGUAACGUGACAGUUGUCAUUACCGCCCGCGACCCUGCACCUUUCUGUAACAUUGCACACCAAUUUCUGACUAUCAACGGUAAUGGCACUAUGUCCCGUAUUGGGAAACGAGAAAUUCUCCGGGAAGCUGAAGAGAAGCGCCGUCGGUCGAUGGAAAUUUCAGAAGUUGUCGAGCAAGAUACAGCACAGGCACACCAGAAACCAGCCUUUAAUGGCGCUACGACCCGUCCAUUUCAGGAGGGCGAUGUGCAUCCAUCAAUUACGAAAGCGCCGCUCACAUUCUAUUUCCGUUAUACAAACAUGGGCUGGUUAUUCCUGUUUGGCGCUUGUCUGAUACUUGUGCCUCCGUUAGAGUUUUUCGCUCUAAUAUACAUUUCUUGGGAGAUGUUGCUAGGGCCGAAGGUACUACUAGCGUGUGCAUUGUGCUGUGGCCAGUUGCUUGGUCUUGCUAUUUUUGUCUGGUAUAGUAAGAUUGCUAUACCUGCUUCCCUGGGGCUACACCGAGAGCUUUUGAAUGCUGUUGCUAUGCGGCCUAUGGUACUAUUAGGCCCUAAACAGCAAUGGCAAACCAAGCGUUUACUGACCGAGGGAAUGCGCGUGAUAACUUCGAGCCUACCACGUGGUAUAUUGCAAACUGCUUAUGGUUCAUCAAUGGUUGCAAUAGCUCUAAUCCUGGUUGUUCACGCGAACCCGUCCAGUAUCUACACAUGCCCCAUAAUCGGCAUUGCAGUGUAUUACUUGAAAGGUGCAUACUUGCCAAUAUCAAGGCAGCUGAACAACAUGCAGUUAUCGUCAAAGGCAUCCCUUCAGUCUACUUUUACUGAGGCCGAGACUGGUGCUAGCUGUUUCUGCACUUACCAGUGGCAGGAUGUUUACUUGAACAACGUCUUGUUGGCAGUCGACCGACAGCAAAAAGUCUUCUACUAUAAGGCAGCUCUCGAACAAAACCUGGCAAUCAUGGUUGGCGGGCUUUUAACAGUAUGUUUCGGCAUACUUUGGGCUGGUGCUCUUUUCGGAGACGCAUCACCAUCGGCAAUGGGAAUUGCUUUAUUCGCCGGUAUCUACGCUGAAGCUGAGCUCCGGCAUGCCUUGAAAUUCUGGUUUAUCAUGGAUGAAGGCAUGACAACACUAGAAGAAAUGAGGCAGAUUAUACUGAUGGGGCUCGAACCACAAGGUAAUGUUGAAGUAUUGCCAGGCGAGAACCUCCAUCUCGAUGAAAAAUUGGGGGACAAUGCGAUUGCGCCAGCAACCCACGAAAAUGACAAUCGGGCCACUGGAGUGCAAGCACUUGCGACUGACUUGCCUGGUGGCGGAAAGGUAGCCUGCCAACCUGAAGAUUCACCCGAUGACCCCCCAGGAAAUGGCCCUGCUACCCCCGCCAACUGGCCCUCAACAGGCAUUAUUGAGUUUGAGAAUGUUUCAAUCUGGUACAAUCGACAAGAGGCCCCAGUAUUGGAGAACAUCACUCUCAGCUUGCAUGAUGACACAGAGAUGGGUAUUUGGGGACAACCACGGAGCGGAAAAACGGCCAUGGUGCUCGCUAUGUUGAACAUGUUGCACUACACAGGAUCCAUUACAAUCGAUGGGAUCGAAGUUCGAACUAUCCCAUCAGAAGAAAUUAGAGCAAAGCUAGUGGUGAUGCCACAAACGCCGACCAUUCUCCCUGGUACCAUCAGACAAAACCUGAAUCCGGACGAAUACUUCCAUGAGCCUAAAACCACAUACAUACCAGAAGAGGGGGACGUAAAAGAGAACUCGGAAAUCAUGGAAAGGAUUCUUACCAGACUGAGGCUUUGGGACAUUGUUGAAGCAGCAGGUGGUCUUGAAUCCGACAUGUACAAGGUUCGAUUUUCAUCAGAACAACUGCACAGGUUCUCCCUGGCGCAGACUCUGAUCAAGCAGCUUCUACGAGAUUCUCCAAUCAUGGUGGUUGACGACUCUACUAGCAUGGUGACACAUGAGGAUUGUGUCUUUAUGCGUGAGGCAAUCAGAGAGGUGAUGAUGUUUGGUUCUGUUCUGGUGGUUGGUAGUCAUCGGUCUGCCAUCAUCGGGUCAGAUGCAAUUGGAGAGGUGAAGAACGGCACCGCCUACAUUCGAAGGCGGGUUACUGUAAAGGACGAGAAUGGCGAGAUAUGCGGAGGACGGGCGGAUUUGCCUACAGCGUACCCCGUGCCCCGGAUUGACGCUACGCUACCCCAAAACAGACAUCUGAUAAGGGCACAUGCUUCUUCAAGCAGAGGUUAAUUGCAGGUCAAACGGGGAUGAGCGUAUGUAAGACGGAGGUGAAUUUGGAGUGUGAUGGUGUUUGCAGUAUGCUAGCCAUUGGUCCUGUUUGUUGCAUUUCAAGGCGCACUGGUUUUUUCUGCUAUUUCAGGUGGCAAAUGUAUAUUUUCUCGGCUUUUAAUUGACUUUUCCUUGUUUAUAUUGGAUAG